GGGAGAUAUUAUGAGGCUGUUGUCAUUAGGGCGAUUGCUGUUGAAUCACUGAAUCCUGACUCGGCGGCGGCGCGGGGCCGGGUGUGUGUGAGUGCGUGUGCGUGUGUGCGUGUGUGCGUGUGCCCGCGUGUGCGUGUGCCCGCCUGUGCCCCCGUGCCUCUAUGUGGCUGUGUGUGCGUGUGCGGGUGUGGAUGCGUGCGCGGUGCGUGUGCCCUUUCCUCCCUUCUUCCUCCCUUUCUUUCUUUUCUCCUUGAUUUAUCUCCCCCUCUCCCCGGUCAUCCCAUGGUGUUCAGGUCCCCGUUAGAGCUUUAUCCCACCCAUUUCUUCUUGCCAAACUUCUCCGCCGACCCGCACCACCGCUCCCUCCUCCUCGCCAGCGGCGGCGGCAGCGGCAGCGGCUCGGGCUGCAGCCCCGGUGCCGGCGGCGGUGGAGGCGGCAGCUCUCGGGCACCCCACGAAGAGUUGUCAAUGUUUCAGCUGCCCACACUCAACUUCUCCCCGGAGCAAGUGGCCAGCGUCUGCGAGACGCUGGAGGAGACUGGAGACAUAGAGAGGCUGGGGAGGUUCCUCUGGUCGCUGCCGGUGGCACCGGGGGCAUGCGAGGCCAUCAACAAGCACGAGUCCAUCCUCCGCGCCCGGGCGGUGGUGGCCUUCCACACGGGCAACUUCCGAGACCUCUACCAUAUCCUGGAGAACCAUAAAUUCACCAAGGAGUCCCACGGCAAGUUGCAGGCCAUGUGGCUCGAAGCGCACUACCAGGAGGCCGAGAAGCUAAGGGGUCGCCCGCUGGGGCCAGUUGAUAAAUACAGGGUGAGGAAGAAGUUUCCGCUGCCCAGGACCAUUUGGGAUGGCGAGCAGAAGACGCACUGCUUCAAGGAGAGGACUCGCAGCCUCCUGAGGGAGUGGUACCUGCAGGACCCUUACCCCAACCCCAGCAAGAAAAGGGAACUAGCUCAGGCCACGGGGCUCACCCCCACGCAAGUAGGCAACUGGUUCAAAAACCGAAGGCAAAGAGACAGAGCAGCGGCGGCUAAAAACAGGCUCCAGCACCAGGCGAUAGGACAGAGCGGCAUGAGGUCGCUGGCAGAGCCCGGCUGCCCGACACACAGCUCGGCCGAGUCUCCGUCCACGGCUGCCAGCCCGACAACCAGCGUCUCCAGUUUGACAGAAAGAGCCGAGACGGGCACUUCCAUCCUCUCGGUAACCUCCAGCGACUCGGAAUGUGAUGUAUGAUAUCGGAAAACAGAAAAAAAACCCAACAAACAAACAAACAAACAAACAAACAAA